AUGUCGGUCUACGUGGUGGAUAGCUCCAACCACCGCAUCCGCAAGAUCGACACCUCCGGCGGCGUCACCACCACGCUCGCAGGCUCUGGGACGGGCACCUUCGCCGACGGCACGGGCACCGCCGCGAGCUUCUACUACCCGGCCGGCGUGGCGGUGUCGCCCGACGGCGGGACGCUCUACGUGGCGGAUUACUUCAACUCCCGCAUCCGCAAGAUCGACACCUCCGGCGGCGCCACCACCACGCUCGCCGGCUCUGGGACGAACACCUUCGCCGACGGCACGGGCACCGACGCGAGCUUCAAUUUCCCGAACGGCGUGGCGGUGUCGGGCGGGACCGUCUACGUGGCGGAUAUGUACAACCACCGCAUCCGCAAGAUCGACACCUCCGGCGGCGUCACCACCACGCUCGCCGGCUCUGGGACGGGCACCUUCGCCGACGGCACGGGCACCGCCGCGAGCUUCUACUACCCUCACGGCGUGGCGGUGUCGCCCGACGGCAUGACCGUCUACGUGGCGGAUAGCUCCAACCACCGCAUCCGCAAGAUCGACACCUCCGGCGGCGUCACCACCACGCUCGCAGGCUCUGUGACGGUUGGUUCCGCCGACGGCACGGGCACCGCCGCGAGCUUCAAUUUCCCGUCCGGCGUGGCGGUGUCGCCCGACGGCAUGACCGUCUACGUGGCGGAUGCCGACAACAACCGCAUUCGUCAGGUGACAGCAUGA